AGAGGGUGUAAGUGAUCAACUGGUUCUGCACUUGCUCUGCUUCCCUUUGGCGAAAGAAGAAAAAUGUUUGAUUCACUUUAGGCAUACUCCAACUACGAGAAAUGGAAGCGCCAACAAACUCGAGAAGGUCUACUGUUUACUCCACAAAAGGUAUUGUGUCCUCGACACAACCUCUGGCAAACGCUGCAGGAAUCCGUAUCCUUGAGAAGGGUGGAAACUGUGUAGAUGCUUGCGUGGCAAUCUCAGCGUGCUUGGCCGUCUUGGAACCAGCUUCAACAGGUAUCGGUGGUGACUGCUUUGCAUUGUUCUACAAGGCAAGUGAGAAAAAAGUUCACGGUAUCAACGGUUGUGGCCGCUCAGCAGCAGAAUUGAGCAUUGAUUGGUUGAAGGAAAAUUAUCCGGAUGAAAUCCAGCCAAAUCACAGAUUGAAGGCGGAUUCCGUGUUCAAAGUUACUGUUCCAGGAGCCAUUGCAGGCUGGGUCGACUCAAUUGAAAAAUGGGGUAGCGGCAAGGUGACUUUGGCUGAAAUUUUGGAACCAGCUAUAGAUUUGUGUGAAAACGGUUAUAUUGUUUCCCAAAUCAGUGCACAUCUCUGGACACUCAGCGAAUCAAAGUUGCUAAGAGAAAACAAAAAGGACAAGAACUUAAAGUUAUUCCUGCCAAAUGAAUCGGUCUCAAAGGCUCCAAAGAAAGGCCAAUUCAUGCAAAAUUCUGAUCUUGCAAAAACAUUGAAGCUCAUUGCCCAACACGGUAAAGACGGGUUUUACAAAGGUGUUGUUGCUGACGCCAUCGUGAAAGAGUUGAGCAAAAGAAAUCAUGUUUUAAGUAAGAAAGAUUUGGAAACACAUUUUUCUACAUUUGUUGAACCUAUCAAUUACGAAUUCCUUGACCACAAAUUAUGGGAAAUCCCUCCGAAUGGAUCAGGUAUCAUUGCAUUGAUGGCCCUUGGUUUGAUCAAAAACUUGGAUAAAUCUGGGGCUAUUAAAUUAGCAGAUUUGGAGCAUAACUCUGCAGAAUACUUGCACUUGAUUAUUGAGUGCCUCAAAAUAAGUUUCAAGGAAUCGGAGGAAUAUGUUAGUGACUAUGACCACUACAAAGCUAAGACUGGAGUUGACCACAACAAUGUUGUUGAUACCAUACUUGGUGAUGAAUAUCUUUCUGGCAGGGCAAAUGAAUUUAAGAAGGACGAGGUCAUCGAAAAUAAUAAGCUUGUUAUUCCUAAUCCGAUGUUCAAAUCAGACACUGUUUAUUUCACAGCUUCUGAUAGCGAGGGAAAUGCCUGCUCAUUCAUUAAUUCCUUAUACGAGGGCUUUGGCAGUGGUAUCAUAGUUCCUGAUUACGGUUUCAUCCUUCAAAACAGAGGUGGUAAUUUCAGCUUGAACCCAAAGGCUAAAAACUCGUUGGAAGGCGGUAAACGUCCAUACCACACUAUCAUUCCUGGUAUGAUCACCAAACCAAGUACCCAAUCUGGCGAUGAAGAACUAUAUGCUUCAUAUGGUAUUAUGGGUGGAUACAAUCAACCUCAAGCACAUAUCCAAGUUUACUUAAACAUGUUACAUUUUGGCAUGGACCCUCAAGAAGCUCUCGAUGCACCUAGAAUCUCCUUGUUUGCCCAUCCUGAAAUGAAACAUACAGAUAAAGGAUAUGGGGCUGAUGGACCUGCCAGUAACGAUGUUACUUGUAUAGGCAUUGAACCUGGUAUUGAUAUAGCUGUUGUUGAAAAGUUGAGAAAGCUGGGACACUCAGUGGAGGUUAUUAGUGGCGAUGAUAGAAAGCUAUUUGGAAGAGGACAAAUCAUCAGAAAAGAAUCAGGACCAGAUUCCAAGCAUUUAGUGUAUGCUGCUGGUAGUGACCUAAGAGGUGAUGGUGCUUCUGUUCCGCUUGUUUAGUUUGAAUCUACAUAGACUUUAACAGAUUCUAAAAUGUACUAUUUUGCUUAAUUGUGC